AUGAUUGAAAACAAGAUAUUAAAUGUUAAAAAGUUAGCAGACAGUGAUUCUGAAGAAGAUGCUGUUAGUUGGGUGAAAAAAACAAAAACUAUUCAAGAUGAAAUGGAAAAAGCAAAGAAAAGGGCUCAAGAAUUGGAAGAAAUGGACAACGUAUUUGGUGUUGGGGAUCUCAUAGAAGAAAGCACAAAAAGUGAAAUGAAGAAUUUUUAUUCAAGUAAACAUUUGAAGGGAUUGGAAGUUCAACACUCAAUGGAUGAAUUUAUUGAAGGAAAGGAAGUUAUUUUGACAUUACAAGAUAAAGAUGUAUUAGCAGAAGAUGCAGAUGUCUUAGUCAAUGUUAAUAUGGUUGAUAAUGAAUCAUAUAAACAAAAUAUUGAUAGACGAAAACAACGUCUAAAUUAUAGUGGCUAUGAUGAGUUAGAAGACAUGGAUAUUGACAGCCCAAAUGUGGUCCUUGGAAAAUAUGACGAAGAAAUCGAGGGAUUAAAAAAAAAAAGUUUUAAACUUGGUGUUGAUGAGUAUAAAGUUAAACGAGAUACUAUAAAGGAGAAAUUAAAAAAAAAGUUAAAUCAAGAAACUUUAAAUACGACUCAAUUGAAACUAGCGUCUGAUUAUUAUAAUGAUACUGAAAUGAGUGUUAAAUUUAAAAAAGUCAAGAAAAAAAAAUUAAGAAUGAAUCCAUUGAAAGCAGAUAAAUUGGAAAGAUCUUUACGGCUUGCAAAUAAUAAUGCCAAAGAAAAUGAUGAUCUUGAUGAUAUUGAUGAUAUAUUACAAGACAAACCAAUGGAUACUUAUAAUAUGAAGAUGGAAAAUGAAGAUGAUGAUGACAUGGGAUUACAAUUGGCGUUAAAAAAGGCAAGAAAAUUAAAACAGUUAGAAAAAAUCGAAAGAAAACCUGACUUAGCUGAUACAUUGAUUAAAACUGAAUAUAAUGAUAAUGCACUAGGGGCAAUUGUGUUAAACUCUACUGCUGAGUUUUGUAGAACUCUUGGAGAUAUACCAACUUAUGGUAAAGCUGGGAAUAGAGAAGAAGAAGAAGAUGAGUCAUUAAUGGACUAUGAUAAAAAUAAUUUAAAACAAGAACAUGCAGUUGACUCUGAUGAAUCUAAUGAUGGAUGGAGAGAAGUAGAAAUGGAGAAAAGGUUAAUAGAUCUAAAAACAAUUGAUAGCAAGCCAAUUUUAGAACCAGAACCUGACUUAGGUAAAGGUGUAGCUGGGGCUUUAAGAUUGGCUAUGAGUAAAGGGUAUAUCGAAAAAGAAGAAAAUGCUCGACCAUCUGCUUCAAGAUUUGCUCAUUUGCAAGCAAAAAAUUAUUCUAUUGAAGAUAAAACGUUUUUAGCUGAAGAUGAUAAAUUAAGUAGAAGAGACAGAUACAGUGGCCCUACGGUAGAAUUUAGAGAAAAAGACAGUUACAAACCAAAUAUAAAACUGGAUUAUAUAGACGAUGAUGGUCAUUUAUUAUGUGAAAAAGAAGCAUUUAGGUAUUUGUCACAUAAAUUCCACGGGAAGGGUCCUGGCAAAAAUAAAAUAGAGAAACGUAUAAAAAAAGCCGAACAAGAAGCCCUAAUGAAACAAAUGAGCUCAACAGAUACACCUCUUGGUACAUUGAAUAUGCUGCAAUCCAAGCAAAAAGAAACACAAUCUCCUUACAUAGUUUUGAGUGGAACUAAGUCAACUCAUCAGAACCAUGGGGGUUCAAUUUCAAAAACAAAAAUCGGCUGA